CUGAGCCAAACAGGCAAAUUUCUAGGGUUUCAAAUGGCGCUAACGUUUUAUUACAAAAAUUAAAAAAAGAAAAGAAAAGAGCGGGAGGGGAGUGUCGCCUGCAUAGGCAUUAGCCAGUCUACUCCACUACCAGAAAUGUCGAUAGGGGUUCGUGGGCUCACAGUGCUGGGCGAGUUCAAGCCCUUCGGCUUGAUAGCCGAAGCUCUCGACGGCAAACCCGCUGAUAAUUUUACCGACCACUAUGACUACUUCCUCUUCGAUUCGGAACUCACUCGGCAGAGAGACGAAGCCGACGAUUUCGAUGCCUCGGCUGCCCCCCUCAGUGAUCGAUGCGAUCACGAGCUUUUCAUUAGAGGAAAUCGGAUAAUAUGGUCAACAGGUGCACGAGUGUUUAAGAGGUUCACUUUGUCGUCCCCAGUCAUUAUGGCGCGCUGGUGUCGUCUGGGUGAUAUGGCUGAAGCUCUUCUCUGUGUUUUACAAAUUGCUUCUUUGACGAUAUACAACACAUCAGGCGAAGUAACAUCCAUUCCUCUUUCACGCUCCAUUGCAUCAAUAUGGGCCCUUCCUUUUGGGUUACUAUUUCAGCAACAAGUAGAUACAAGUUCAGUGAGUCACAAUCCCAUUUCAUCUACUAGUCCUUUAUUUGGUAGGCGUGAAGUAUCUCAUCUUAGAAGAGAAAAUGAAUACAGUCCACAGCAUAAUUUGAGUUUGCUGAAUGCCUUUGGAAAUUUAGUUAAGGGGGAAACAAGUUCAAUGUCCUCACAUAUGAUUCUGAAGGAUCCACUUGAAGAACCACAAUUGACCUAUAUAGAAGAAAGAGGAAAGUAUAACAUAAUGAAGGAAUUUGAUGAAACAACAAUUUGGACGAGUGAUCAAGUACCUCUUAUGGUAUCAUAUAACAAAGGAAAGAAGCAGCACUCAGUUUGGGUUGUAGAAGUCAUUAAUUCUAACCUUGAAGUGGCAAAUGCUAAUUUUUUGGAUGCUAUUCCUUCUGGUGUACUACAGAAACAGUUCUCUUUCCGUAGAAUAUGGCAAGGGAAGGGUGUGCAAACAGCUGCUUGUAAGGUUUUUCUCGCAACUGAUGAUGAUGCAGCUCCUAUAAUUUGUUUUCUUCACCAAGAACAAAGGAAACUAUUGUCUGUAAGGCUUCAGAGUGUUGAAAUUAAUAAUGAAAUUCUCUUUGAUAUUAAACCUGACAUGAGCUGGAGUAUACCUGCAAUUGCAGCUGCUCCUGUGACUGUAACACGUCCAAGAGUGAAAGUUGGCUUGCUUCCAUAUGCAGACAUAAUUGUUUUGGCACCAGAAAAUUCCCUUCUUCUCUAUUCAGGGAAGCAAUGCCUAUGUAGAUAUGUUCUGCCUUCAACGUUAAGUAAAGAUAGACUUUCCCAUAAUCUGGAGUUCAGGGAAACAUCUGUUUCCCAUGAUCUGAAAAUUAUAGGUGUAGCUGAUGCUAUUGAGGGCCGUAUCAAUAUCAUAGUAAAUAGUGGGAAGAUGUAUAGGUGUGCAAUACGAAGAAGCCCUUCAUCUUUACUGGCAAAUGAUUGCAUCACAGCAAUGGCUGAGGGGCUUAGUUCCAGCUUCUAUAGUCAUUUUGUUAGUCUUCUUUGGAAAGAUGGUGACUCUGGAUAUUUGACAGAGGCUGAUUAUGGUGUUAAUACGGAAUGGGAUGCUUUUUGUAGUAUUAUUCUGAAAAUGUGUAGAUCUUUUAUCAGUACUCUAAAGCAUUCAAGUUCAACAAUUGAGUCAUCUUGGGAGUUUCUUAUUAGUAGCAAGUUUCACAAGAACUUCUGCAAACAUAACUUUGUCACUGGAGUUUCUUCAAUAUCAGUUCAUGGGCAAGAAAUGGAUUCUUUUGGAUCAAAUUCAGAAGGUACAAAAAUAAUAGAAAAAUCAUUUUACUCUGAACUAAUAACGGAGAGCUUGGGUUGUUUACAUGCAGUAUAUGAGAGUCUAAAACUGGAUACUCUUAGGAAGAGGGAUUUGGAGCUUCUGGCAGUUCUGUUAUGUGAUAUUGCCAAGUAUCUGGGUGAACAAAGCUAUCUGGACCACUAUAUUCGUGAUUUUCCCAUUUUUUCCAGAAAUAUUUUGAUUUCUAUAUCCUCCCUAUCAAUUAAGACACCACCAAGUUUAUUCAGAUGGCUUGAGAACUGUUUGCUGCUUGGAUGCAGUUCUGCUAAUUAUAACGAUCUUUCACCUUUAAUAUGCCAAAAUGGGAGUUCUGUUGUGAGCUGGGCUCGGAAGAUUGUCUCCUUUUACAGUUUGUUAUCUGGUGCUAAACAAAUAGGAAAAAAACUUUCAUCUGGUGUUUACUGUAAUAUUGCUGUGGGAUCACAUUGCACAAAUGAGGAACUUACUGUCUUGGCAAUGGUUGGAGAAAAGUUUGGACUGAAGCAACUUGAUUUGCUGCCUUCUGGAGUUUCCCUACCUCUACGACAUGCAUUGGAUAAGUGUCGGGAAUCUCCUCCUACUGACUGGCCAGCAGCUGCAUAUGUGUUGCUUGGUCGAGAGGACUUGGCUUUGUCAUGUUUGGCACGAUCAUGCAAAUUCAAGGAGUUUGAAACCCAAACGAAUGUGAAUUUAAUCUCUAUUUCUACACCAUACAUGCUACAUUUGCAUCCGGUGACAAUUCCUUCCACAGUGUCUGAUUCAAUCAGAUUAGAUGGUGCAAAGUUUGAGGAUACAGAUUCUAUUGAUGGUUCUAUGACAGAUGGCAUGGAGCAUAUUUUCAACUCUAGCACACAGUUGCGCUAUGGCCGUGAUUUACGAUUAAAUGAGGUUAGACGCCUUUUAUGCUCUGCAAGACCUGUGGCUAUUCAAACAUCCGUUAAUCCCAGUGCUUCUGACCAGGACCUUCAACAGGCCCGGUUAUGGCAUGUUGCACAAAGAACUACUUCCCUUCCUCUAGGUCGUGGGGCAUUCACUCUUGGAACAAUAUAUACACUUUUGACUGAGGUCUUUGCAGUCCCAAAGCUUGUUUUAGCAGGCCGGUUGCCUGCCCAACAGAAUGCAACUGUGAAUCUGGACCCAACUGUGAGGAACAUACAAGAACUUAAAUCUUGGCCUGAGUUUCACAAUGCUGUAGCUGCUGGACUGAGGCUGGCCCCACUUCAGGGUAAAAUGUCAAGAACCUGGAUUAUAUAUAACAAACCUGAAGAACCAAAUGCUAUUCAUGCUGGACUUCUUCUUGCACUAGGGUUGCAUGGAUAUCUGCGUGUUUUAACUCUUACAGAUAUUUUCCAGUAUUACAAUCAGGAACAUGAAAGCACAACUGUGGGAUUGAUGCUUGGCCUGGCAGCUUCUUAUAGAGGGACUAUGGAUCCAUCGAUAUCUAAAUCUCUUUAUGUUCAUAUACCUGCUCGACAUCCUUCUUCCUUUCCCGAGCUGGAGUUGCCAACCCUUCUACAGUCAGCAGGUCUAAUGUCAGUUGGUCUUCUUUACGAAGGGUCUGCUCAUCCUCAAACGAUGCAGUUUCUCUUGGGUGAAAUAGGACGUAGAAGUGGAGGUGAUAAUGUACUUGAAAGGGAGGGUUAUGCUGUUUCUGCAGGAUUCUCAUUGGGUCUUGUUGCAGUAGGUCGAGGUUAUGAUGCACUUGGCUUUAUGGAUGCUAUGGUUGAUCGGUUGUUCCAUUAUAUUGGUGGCAAAGAAGUUCAUAAUGAAAAAUCCCUUUCCUCAGGACUUUCAACAGAUGAGCACAGUCGUGCUGCAGCACAGAUGAUGGAUGGAAAUGCAGUUAAUGUUGAUGUCACUGCCCCUGGAGCGAUUAUUGCUCUUGCUUUAAUGUUUUUGAAGACUGAAUCAGAGACAAUUGUGUCUAAGCUCUCUAUUCCUCGUACACAUUUUGACUUGCAAUAUGUUAGGCCUGACUUCAUCAUGCUUCGCGUCAUUGCUCGGAAUUUGAUAAUGUGGAGCAGGGUUCAUCCCUCUCAAGAUUGGAUUCAGUCUCAGAUUCCUGAUAUUGUGAAAAAUGGUGUUCAACGGCUUGGCGAUGAUACUAGUGAUAUGGAUGAAAUGGACGCUGAAGUAUUUGUGCAGGCUUAUGUCAAUAUAGUGGCAGGGGCUUGUAUUUCUCUUGGAUUGAGGUUCGCGGGUACGAAGGAUGGGAAUGCACAGGAGUUAUUGUAUAGCUAUGCUAUCUAUUUUCUGAAUGAGAUCAAACCAGUUGCUGCUAUAAGUGGAAGCUUCCCAAGGGGAUUGUCCCACUAUGUGGAUCGAGGAACAUUAGAGAUAUCCCUUCAUCUAAUUGUUCUUUCACUUUCUGUGGUUAUGGCUGGUUCUGGUCAUUUACAGACCUUUAAGCUAUUGAGAUUUCUCCGCAGCAGAAAUUCUGCAGAUGGGCAUGCUAAUUAUGGUGUUCAGAUGGCCGUAAGUUUAGCCAUUGGUUUCUUGUUUCUUGGGGGAGGGAUGCGGACUUUUUCAACUGGCAAUGGUUCUAUUGCUGCAUUGCUGAUUACUCUUUACCCACGCUUGCCUACAGGACCAAAUGAUAACCGAUGUCACCUCCAGGCAUUCAGGCAUUUAUAUGUACUUGCAACAGAGGCUCGCUGGAUUCAAACUGUUGAUGUUGACACUGGUCUACCUGUGUAUGCACCUCUUGAAGUUACCAUAAAGGAAACUGACCAUUAUGCAGAAACAAGCUUUUGUGAGGUCACCCCCUGCCUUCUUCCAGAACGAGCAGUGUUGAAAACAAUACGCGUAUGUGGCCCUCGGUACUGGCCUCAAGUAAUAGAGUUUGUUCCUGAAGAUAAAACCUGGUGGACUUUUGGGGAUAAGAGUAAUCCAUUCAAUUCUGGUGUUCUGUAUAUCAAGAGAAAGGUUGGAGCUUGUUCAUAUGUUGAUGAUCCCAUUGGGUGCCAGUCACUGCUGUCACGAGCAAUGCAUAAGGUCUUCGGUUUAACUGGUUUAAAAGCAUCUAAACCUAGCACAGAUGGGUGCAAUGGGCCUGGUUCUGUUACAGUUGAUCAGCUGGUCAGUACUUUCUCAUCUGAUCCAAGCUUGAUUGCUUUUGCACAACUCUGCUGUGACCCUUCUUGGAAUAGCAGAACCGAUGUUGAUUUCCAGGAAUUUUGCUUACAAGUGUUAUUCGAGUGUGUGAGCAAGGACAGACCUGCUCUCUUACAGGUAUAUUUGUCAUUGUACACAACAAUUGGGUCAAUGGCAGAUCAGUUCGCUUGUUGUACAGUUGUUUUGGGUGACUCACUUUUUAUCUCUAAUUUAAAGCUUGCAGUAGCCUACAAUGAAGCUUUAUUGAGUGGAAGAUUGACUACUUCAAGAGGUGGCAUUGUUCAAUCCAAUUUUCUAGGAUCUCUUAGAAAGAGAGUAGAAGACCUCCUGAACUGUUUCGACGGAUUACAAGAUGAUUUUGGUAACUAUUUAAGAUCUGGGACAUGGCCGAAGGGGGAGGAGAAGGGUCCAAUUCUCCUUUCUUGGUACCUUCAGUGGUUUGGUGUACCAGCUCCAUCUGUAAUUAAGACAGCUGCGGAGAAAAUCAAGCCCAAAGUCAAAUCAUCAUCUCUUGUUCCGGUAUUGCGUUUGUUAUUUCCAAACACAGACAUCAACGUUAUUGGUGAGAUAGACAAGUUCUUGUCUUCCAACAUCAGUAAUUGAAACCUCUGACCUCCGCGACCCGCCCAGAAAUUUUUGCAUUAAGAUAGUUUCCAUAAUUGUUGCUCAAUAUUUGUCGAAUGGGCUACGAAAGAAAAAAAUAAUACAUUAGUCAUCAGUGUACUGUGUAUCAUAGCGUGGUCAAUGAUUUUCAUCUGCCCAUGGUUGAGAUUUUAAAGAAUCAACCCCGUUGUUGGUCCUAUUGUAUAUUUAUUUGUAGAAUGUGUAUAUUUAUUUCAACUGCUGUCAAAAUUUGUAUCUUCAUUUAUGACGAAAAUUCGAUCUA